UUUCUAUGAAUAAAUCAUAAUCCAAUUUCACUUUUCAGUUUCGAGUGCUUAGAGUGAUGGGCUCUUGGGUGUUGCAAGUAUCAAAAGCCUGCGCUCAAGCUUUUCAAGAUGGGAACCUGAUUCUUGCUGAUCAUUACAUGGCGUGUAUAUGGGAUCUUGCUGUCAUGGAAACCGACGAAAACAAAAGCAAGCUUAUCAAAUACUUCGCUGAAGCUCUGGUUCGCCGAGCUUAUGGACUGCGUCCUACCAUUCCCUAUCCAACUUCCUUCAUGCCUGGAUCCAACUUUUACAGAACUUUACAACUUGUCACCGGCACUGCUACAAGGGGAAAGAGGCAAGUCCACAUCAUUGACUUCUUGUCCAUGUUGCAACCAGAUAUUGGUACCUGUUAUGGUGACUGGUUGUUACCAGAUGUUGAUGCCAGGUAUUGUGACCUGUUCUCCGUUUUAAUGCAAGCCAUCCUUCCCCGAUCAUUUCGUUUAAGUGUUAUAGUCUCGCCGUUGCUGAAAAAUGCAAUAGACGUCGGAGGGGUAGGUCGGAAUCUCACUUGUAGAGCCAAGCUUGUAAAUGUUACGUUGGAGUUUCAAGUGUUUAAGGCCAACAGUUUGGGUGAUUUGGAUGAGUCUUUUGAAUUCAGAAGAGCAGAGGAUGAGGCUGUGGUCAUCAGCUAUAGAUAUAAACUCCACCGUUUGCUUGCAGAGUCAGGAUCAAUGGAGCGAGAGUUGUUAAGAUUGAGGCAGAUAAAGCCAGAUAAUGUGAUUAUUGUUGAACAGAGUGCUAGCGAUAAUGACUUCAAUUUCAUCGAACGCUUGGAGCGCUCAUUUGAAUCUUACUCCUGCAUUUUUGGUAAAAUUUCUAACAGUUCAUGCGAUCUUUUGGACUAUCAUAGGCAAGGGAUUUGUAGCAGUGUCGGAUGUGAAGGGAUGGUCGUAAUGGAUCCACACGAGACUGUGGCUCAGUUUUGGGGAUCCCGCCUGCAAAGGGCUGGGUUUCUUCUAUUUCCACUCCAGAAGCCAGGGUUAUUUGGCCUCCAUGUCCAAGAGGAAAAUGGGUGUUUGAUUGUUAAUUUGGAGGAAUCGCCACCGGUUGUCAUAUCGGUGUGGAAAUUCACAAAGUCGAUGGAUAACUUCAGCUCAAACUCUGUUCAAGAUUCCCAUCAAAAUUUUGCAGACGAGGGUCUAUUCCCAACUGUUGAAGUUUUUCCUGAGGGUUUUUCAUUGAACCGGAUUGCUGCUUUAGCUGAGAUAUAUGACCUAUCCGAAGAUAUAUGUUUGAGAUAUGAGUUGCCAUUGGCUUUAACAUGGACAUUAUGGGCUAAUGUAAAGCACGUCCAAAAUGAAAUCACGCCAGAUCUACAGAAGAAACAUACUUUUUCCAUCCAAAGUACUGCUUGUUAUGUUAAUAAUAAUUGUGCAUCCAAGGAGUUCAUGGAGAUUUGUGUACGACAGCCGCAUCUGUUUCUAGAAGGGCAAGCUAUUGCAGGGAAAGUACUUCAAUUAAAUGAGAGCCUUUUUGUUUCAGAUAUUAGAAAGUUUGAUAUGCUUGAGUAUCCAUUUGCCAAUGCUGCAAGCAAAUUUGGUUAUCGAGAUGUUGUUGCAAUCAAUCUACUGAACAAUUUUGUUGGUGGCGAUAGUUGUGUACUAGAAUUCUAUCUUCCUUCCUCUACGAAGAAUUUUGAGGAACAAAAGUUGUUGGAGGACCGUAUCUUUUUUUACUUGAAAAAUGUGAAGAAAACUUUUGUAACACCCAGAGUUCAUGGUACUGGACUUGGUUUUGGGGAAGCAACCAUUUCAAACAUUCCACAAAUGACAAUGCCUGUGAGAAGCUCUCCACCAGCUCCAACUAUUGGUAAUUUAGUUGGUACUGGAGUCAGUCUCUUGCAAGAAGAUAGUAUUGGAGUCGGUUUACCGCAAGAAGCCAUUUCAAACACUCCGGUAGUGACACAAGUGGCAAUGCCAAUGGCAAGCUCUCCACCAGCUCCAGCUACUGGUCCGUUGCUUGUUGGUGGAACUGAUUUCCUUCAAGAAGCCAUUUUAAGCACUCCGGUAGUGACACAAGUGUUAAUGCCUACGAGAAGCACUCCACCAGCUUCAACCAUUAGUCAUUCGUUUAAUUUAAACGUAAAUGGACUACUGAAUACUGCUGAACCGAGGGAUGAUCGUGAAGUGGGAACACAACAGCCACAUGAGCAGGGUGUCAAGAAAAAGGACAACAUUUUUGAGCCUAUUCCUGAUAUUGACCCUGAGAAUGUGAAAGCAAACAGGGAUAUUUCUAUACUCCCACGAACAAAACAAAGAAAAUCUAUGGUUUGGGAGCACUUCGAUAGGGUUUGGGAAAAUGGAUCACUGUGGGCCAAAUGUAAACAUUGUAAUAAGAGUUGUACGGGGUCAAGCAAGAGUGGAACCACACAUCUGAAAAAUCAUUUAGACAGAUGCCCGGUUAAGAAAAGUGAAUAUCAGGACAUGCAACUGAAAUUUCCAGCUCAAAGUACUGAUUUAACAAUUCUAAGUGCCAAGGAAGGAAGCCCAAUUUUUGAUCCAGAGAGGAGUCGCCUUGAUUUUGAAAAAUUAAUUAUUAAGCUUCCAUAUGUGUUGGAUAUGGCUGAAGAUGAAUCUUUUAAAAAUUUUUUGAAUAAUUUGCAGCCAAGGUUUGAAAUUCAACCACGAGAAAGUAUUCUUUCUAACAUAUAUGGUAUCUAUGAGGAAGAAAAAGAGAAACUUCGCCACUAUUUUGAUCAGCUUGCCUGUAAUAUCAGUUUGACAAUUAGAUUGUUGAAGGACAACCUUAGAAAGAAUGUAUAUUGCUGUUUGAUAGCAAACUUUGUUGAUGAUGAUUGGGAAUUAAAGAAGAAAAUCCUUGCCUUCAAAAUUUUGGAUUAUAUCUAUGAUGCUAAGUCUCUUAGUACGAUCAUUCAGGAAUCAGUUUCAGAGUGGAAUAUACGCAAGAAAGUAUGCUCUAUAGUUCUGGAUGAUUUUCCUUUGAAUGACAAUAUAGUUGAACAUUUGAAAGAAAAUUGUCUCAGUGGCCAAAUUUCCCUUCCUUCAGACAGUUGUUACAUCAAUUGCACUCUCAUUCAGGAUGGAUUAUAUGAGAUAGAUGAUGUACUUCAAAAUAUAAGAAAAUCGGUUGAAUAUGUCAAUGAAACACCAUUUGGGAGAUUGAAAUUUCAAGAUGCAGUAAAUCAGGUGAAGUUGCAAGGUGGGAAAUUAAGGGAUGAUAGCCCUUUAAGGUUAGAUUCAAAUUUUGACAUGCUUGAUUGGGCUUUGGAAUCAAGAGAAGUGUUUUGUCAACUAGAACAAAAUGAUGGCAAUUUCAGAACAAACCCAUCAAUGAAGGAAUGGGACAGGGCACUAGUAAUGCACAGGUUUUUGAAGGGUUUUUAUGACACUUUAAGUAGUUCAGGGGGAGCUCAGUCUCUCACUCCAAAUUUGUACUUUCCUAAGCUUUGUGAUAUGUACAAGAAACUUCUUCAGUUGGAAAAAGGCAAUUAUCCUUGUAUGAAGUUGAUGAAGAUGAAAUUUGAGAAGUAUUGGAAUACCUAUAAUUUGAUUUUUGCUAUUGCAGCUGUUCUUGACCCACGGUUAAAAUUCAGAUUUGUGGAGUUUUCAUUUGGUGAGAUUUAUCAGUGUGAUAGUAAAAUGCAGUUGAGCAAAUUUUAUAAACUUCUUAUGGAUGUUUACUAUGAAUAUGCCAAUGAAGGGAGCAAUUUAUCAAGACCUGCUUCCAUAUUUAGUGAUUUUAGUUGCUCAACAACACAGAGUGCUAAUGAUUCAAUGCUGAAGUCCUUCAGUAGAUAUGCAUCUGCAAGCAAUUUUAAUGACGUGGCUUCAUGGAAGUCAGAUAUUGAUUGUUACUUAGAAGAGCCUUUACUUCCUUUGGUUGCUGAUGGGGAACUCUUUGACGUACUAGGUUGGUGGCGCAUCAAUAAGCUAAAGUUUCCUACACUUGGUAGGAUGGCUCGUGAUAUCCUAGCGAUUCCUGUGUCAGUUGUUCCACUUGAUUCUUCUUUCAACACUUUGGUGACAAAUCUAAACUAUAGUGGCUUGGGUCCCAAUUUCGUAGAAGCCUUUAUUUGCUGCCAGGACUGGUUAGUGACACCUAAAAGAAAUGGCAAAACAGAACAUGUGAAUGUACAAAUUACGGCUAAAAGGAAGAUGGAGGAGAAAGGAAGUUAUGUGAUAGAGAACCAUAAACAUAGUAAAUAUAAUGCUGAAGAGACCAACAAUCAAGCCACAGACAAAGCGUCCUACAAGAUGCUUGAUGAGGAAACAACAUGCCAUGAAGAAAUAAAUAUGACAGAGCACAGAACAUUGUCUGAGAAGGAUAUUCAGGCAUAUUUGGUCUCACCUUUUACACAGGAUGAAGCAAAACAAAUAAAGAGAUGGGAAAGUUCUAGGCUGAGUGGAGAUUUGGUUGUACAAGAUAAGGGGAUGAAUGUGGAUGGCAAAUCGUUAGCACCUUUACUCAUUAUCCCUCAUGACAAAGAAUCUCGACAAGAAUACUAUAUCGAUGAUUCGGUUGUUAAUGCAUUCUUUGAAUUGCUUAAGAGGAGGGCAAACAGAGUUCCAAAUCUAUAUGUGAAGCACUAUUCAAUUGACUCUUGUAUAGCGACUUUCUUGAUUGAAAAGAAAAGAACGGAUUCCCAGCUAUUGAGAUGGGUUAAGAUUGAAGAGCUAAAAGAUGUCCAUAAGAUAUUUCUACCAUUGUGCUUUUUGAAUCAUUGGGUGCUUUUCUAUGUGGACACCAAGAUGCAGAAAUUGUCAUGGUUAGAUUCUAAUAGACUUUCACAAAUGCAUAAUAAAGAUGAAAAGAAAGCAAUUUCAGGGUGGUUUAAAGGAUCUCUAUUGCCAUUCUUGGGUUAUGAUAAUGCAAAUGAAUGGUCAUUUCAAGUGCCAACUGAUAUUCCUGUUCAAGAGAAUUCGGUUGAUUGCGGCCUCUUUGUAAUGAAGUAUGCCGAUUGCCUUACACUCGGUGAUUGUUUUCCCUUUACGCAAAAAGACAUGGCUCAUUUUCGACAUCGAACCUUACUUGAUAUAAUUAAAGGAAGUAUAUGUUCGGAUGAGUGGGAACUAAGAAGAAUUCAGUCAAAUAGUUAGCCAGAAGAUUGGUUAAGAAGUCUAGUAAGAUGUUGGAAAAACUUCUGAGGAAUUUUAUGCUUUUUCGAAAUAAAAAGGAAGAAGUUCAUUUGAUGUAAAAGUAAACAAUAUUUUGCUACUAUAAGACUUUGUGUUUUCUUAUGACAAGUAUUUUUUAUGUUUCAUGUUCCUCAAACAGCCUAUAAAAUUGCUUAUAUUGUUGUUUGGUUCUUAAUAUAUCUCAAUUCUCAAGGCUUAUCAUGAAAACUUUUUUUCUUCUCCUAUUAAGAGAUGUUGUUGAUGUGAUCUUGUUUGCAAUAAGUUGGAAAGGGUGUUCAAAUGGAAAAAAUUUUGGAUUGGUUGAGUUGAAUCAUGCUUUACAUUGAUAGAAUAG